AGUAAAAGUGAUCGCUAGGAAUAAAAUUCUGUGUCAGUUCACAGUGUGAAUAAAAAGUUAGAGGUUAGGAAGUAAAUUAGAGGAACUUCAUAAUUUUAAACAUUAGAAAUAUUUAUACUUUACUGUAACAAGCACUUUAAUUUUUGACCAUCAAUAAAUUACAGUUUAUUUGAAGGCUAAUCUAAUAAUGAAAGGGAUUGCAAAAUAAACACUGUUAACCAAAAGAUUAGAUUCAUAAGAAUUAAGAACAUCCAUUCACUUCAGUGCUUAGUGGUUACGUUGCAUUUUAACGCAAAAAUUUGGAUUGAUUUAUUUUUAAAAGCAAUGGCAGAGUCGCAAAAUUUAUUAUUACAGCAAAUCAAAGAGCAAGGUGAUCUCGUUAGAAAGUUAAAAGCGGCGAAAGAAUCUAACGAAAAGGGUAUGAUAAUAAACAAAAAAAAACAAGAUCUUGGUCAGAUUGACAGACAUCUAUCUCAAUACAGCUAUAUUUGUGGUUACUUACCUAGUAAAUAUGAUUUAGAACUACUAAAAAGUAUAAAUUUUGAUGUUGAUUUCUAUAAAUAUGUGUAUAUUAAGAGAUGGUGGUACCAUAUGAGGAGUUUCAGUGACUCUGAAAGAUCUUUGUUACCUGACAGUAAACCAACAAGAGAUGUAAUUGAUCUACUUAAACCAUACCAUUCAGUUAAUUAUGAUUAUCAGAUACAAGAAGAGGUAUCAAAAUUAUUGGGAUUAAAAGCACAACUUAACACUGAAGAUGCCGCACCUCAAAAAUUUACUCUUAAGACACCAAAAGGCACCAGGGAUUACAAUUCCCAACAAAUGUCAAUAAGAAAUAAUGUUUUGCAGAAAAUUACUACCAUAUUCAAAAAACAUGGAGCAGAGUGUAUUGAUACACCUGUUUUUGAACUCAAGGAAGUAUUAACAGGAAAAUAUGGAGAAGACUCUAAAUUAAUUUAUGACUUAAAAGAUCAAGGUGGAGAAAUAUUAUCUUUAAGAUAUGAUCUUACAGUUCCCUUAGCUCGUUACUUAGCAAUGAAUAAAAUAACAACACUCAAAAGAUAUCACAUUGCCAAGGUGUAUAGAAGAGAUAAUCCAGCCAUGACAAGAGGGAGAUAUAGGGAGUUUUACCAAUGUGAUUUCGACAUCGCCGGCCAGUAUGAUCCAAUGAUUCCUGACGCGGAAUGUUUAAAAGUGGUCACGGAAAUCCUAGACGUCCUUGACAUUGGCAAAUACAUACUGAAGGUGAACCACAGACGUUUGUUGGAUGGAAUGUUUGAGGCGUGCGGCGUUCCCGCAGACAAGUUCCGCUCAACUUGCUCCACUAUAGACAAGCUCGAUAAGUUACCGUGGGCGGAAGUGAGAACUGAAAUGAUAAAUGAAAAGGGCGUCACCCCCGAAGCUGCAGACAAAAUUGGUGAAUACGUACAACUCAACGGUAGUUCGGAGUUGGCUAUUAAACUCUUGAGUGAUGAGAAGCUAUCGAAAAGCAAAAGUGCUGUGGAGGGACUUGAAGGGAUUAAGCUGUUGUUGCACUAUUGUGAGCUGAUGGGAAUUAAAGAUAAAAUUCUCUUCGAUUUGAGUCUCGCUAGGGGAUUGGAUUACUACACUGGGGUCAUUUAUGAAGCAGUUUUGACGCACCCAAUAAAAAUAGGAAAUGAAGAUCAGACAGUGGGUUCGAUAGCUGGUGGUGGACGGUACGAUAAUCUCGUUGGAAUGUUUGACUCCAAGAAUAAACAGGUGCCUUGCGUAGGAGUGAGUGUGGGCGUGGAACGUAUAUUCUCAGUGCUCGAAGCGAAGUUGGCUGCGGGUGAUAUUGUAGUACGAACGACGGACAUAGACGUAUACGUUGCGUCUGCGCAGAAGAAUUUCCUCGACGAACGUAUGAAGAUCUGCGCGGAAUUGUGGAAUGCUGGAAUCAAGACCGAGCAAUCCUACAAAAAGAAUCCCAAGAUGCUCAACCAACUCCAGCACUGCGAAGAGAACGGAAUCCCCUUCGCCGUGGUUCUUGGAGAAUCGGAGCUCAAGCGUGGUGUGGUUAAAAUCAGGAAUAUUACCUCACGGGAAGAGGCUGAGGUUCCUCGAGAGAAAUUGGUUGAGGAAUUGGAGACCAGAAUCGCAAAUUUUGGUUUGAAGAAAAUGAAUGGGUCGACUUAAGGUACUGAGUGUGUUUUAGAGCGAAAUUUUUCAUUACAAAAAUAAUACGCGUUUAAAUUGGUACAAAUUUUACUAGGCCUGAAAUGUCGUUGACGAUAUAUCGUAAUUAUAUUUAUAUUAUCGUUUCGAUAUAAUGAAAUGUGAUAAAAAAUGUACACGCGUUAGAAGUUAUACUUCUUUGGCGAAUGGAAAAAAAUGACUAAAAUGCAGUAGUGAUUGACGAUAGAUAUUAAAAUCAUCAAUAAAAUUAU